CCUGUGCCAAGUCAAAAAUUUCGCGGGUCCGAACGUCAGGUGAAAGCUCACAGGCGCUGCCGCCAAACCCGACAGCCAACGACAUCGCCCGCCCGCCCGAACCCCCGAUUGAACGCUCGACGGCCGACCAAGCAGCGGCCAAUUGACACCGGGCCCUCCCAUCCCGGACACCUCCCCCUUCCGGCCCCGAACCGGCUCCACCCCCUCCCCCAGCGAACGACCCCGGCGCGGCAACCGCACAGACAAAGAUGGCGGGAGGGCUCAUGAGAUAUCGGACGCUGAGCCGGACGUCGGCGCACCGGCAGGCCCUGCUGCGGAACCUGGUCACGUCCCUCGUCAAGAACGAGACCAUCACGACCACGUACCCCAAGGCCAAGGAGGCCCAGCGCCUGGCCGAGAAGCUCAUCACGCUGGCCAAGAAGAACAACGAGACGAGCAGGAGGUUAGCGAUGGGCAUCCUAUACACACCACACGACCUGAUCGACAAGGUCUUCGGCGAGCUGCGCGAGCGCUACGCCGACCGGCCGGGCGGCUACACGCGCGUGCUGCGGACCGAGCCCAAGAAGGACUGGGACCAGGCGCCCUCGGCCAUCCUGGAGCUCGUCGACGGGCCCAUGGACGUGCGCUUCGCCAUGACGGCCGCCGCCGUCGCCCGCGACCGCGAGCUGGGCAGGGCCCACUCGGAGCUGACCAGGCGCAACGUCGGCAAGGUCACGCGCUACCGCAAGGGCGGGAGGGAGGAGUUUGACAGGAUGGUGGAGCUCACGGCCGAGCUCGGCCUCGCCGACGCCGCCCGCGACCUGCGCCUCGUCGACCUCGACACGGAGAAGCCGGCCAAGGAGCGCCCGCUGGUGGGGGAUUUCAGGACCGUCUACAACCCGCGGGAAACCAGGAGGAGGGCGUCUGUUGCGUAAGAGAAUAGGAUGGAAGCAAAGAAACAAAAAUCCUGAGAGGGCUUUUUCGAUUGUUGGGUUAAGGGGUGCGAGCGUAAACGAGGUCGCUCUUCACCCCAUCAUGCCUUGUACACCAGUCACGCCGGGGAAACAUGGGCCAUGCAUCACAAUCAGUCCAUACCAGUGUAUAAAAAUAUACAGCAACCAGCCAUUACAUGAGCUAUGAACACGAUGAAAUGAUGAAU